CGAGUUUUGUAAUCUACCGGUUUCUGGCAGCUCAGAGUCUCCUAGCGAGAUUGCCGAUCACUUCUCAGAAAAGAAAGGACCUCCUUUCUCCUGGCCUCUGCUGGAGCGUAAGCUUCUCAGCUGCAAGUUUUUCUGAAUUUAGCAGAACCCAGACGAAUCCCUAAUGAUGAAGCUGAAUCUCACCAAAGUUGUUAACGGCUGUCGUCUAGGAAAAAUACAAAACCUGGGCAAAGCAGGGGACUGCACAGUGGACAUUCCAGGCUGUCUGCUCUACACGAGGACUGGCUCUGCCCCACACCUGACACAUCAGACACUGCAUAAUAUCCAUGGGGUCCCAGCCAUGGCCCAGCUCACACUGUCAUCCCUAGCAGAACAUCAUGAAGUCUUGGCAGAAUAUAAGAAAGGAAUUGGAAGCUUUAUAGGCAUGCCAGACUCGCUCUUCUACUGUUCCCUGCACGAUCCAGUCAGCCCUGGCCCACCUGGUUACGUAACAAAUAAGUCUGUGUCUGUGUGGGGUUUUGGAGGUCGAGUGGAAAUGACCGUUUCCAAGUUCAUGGCAAUUCAGGAGGCCCUGCAGCCUGAUUGGUUCCAAUGCCUCUCAGAUGGGGAGGCAUCUUGUGCAGAGGCAACUUCCAUCAAAAGGGCCAGGAAGUCUGUGGACCGGUCGCUUCUGUUCCUGGACAGCUGUUUGCGACUGCAGGAGGACUCUGAGGUCCUUCAGAAAAGCGUGAUCAUUGGAGUGAUUGAAGGUGGAGAUGUGACGGAAGAGAGGUUGAGGUCGGCGCGAGAGACAGCCAAGCGGCCCGUGGGGGGCUUCCUUCUGGACGGCUUCCAAGGGGGUCCAGCAGUCACAGAAACCAGGCUGCACUUGCUGUCAUCAGUCACUGCCGAGCUGCCGGAGGACAAACCAAGGCCAGUGCUGGAUUGGGAUGCAGGCCAGCCUCAUGGGAGGCUCAUCUGUGGUGUCAGCCGGCCAGAUGAAGUGCUCGAGUGUAUUGAAAGGGGAGUGGACUUGUUUGAGAGUUUUUUCCCAUAUCAAGUGACCGAGCGGGGCUGUGCCCUGACUUUCACCUUUGAUUGCCAGCUGAAUCCUGAGGAGACAUUACUGCAACAAAAUGGAAUCCAAGAAGAAAUAAAAUGUUUGGAUCAAAUAAAGAAAAUGGAAGCAACUGGGUGCAACCAAGAGAUGACAUCAUUUGAAAUCAAUCUGAAGGAGAAAAAGUACCAGGAAGACUUUCAGCCUCUCGUAAGAGGGUGCUCCUGUUACUGCUGUACGAACCACACUCGUGCAUACGUCCACCAUCUGCUGGUGACCAACGAGCUGCUGGCCAGUGUCCUGCUGAUGAUGCACAACUUCGAGCACUACUUCCGGUUUUUCUGCUCCAUCCGAGAGGCACUAAAGAGUGACACGCUGGCACAGCUGAAAGAGCUCAUCCGCAGACAGAUGUCCUGAGAACUGGAAAGACAAACCUGUCCCAUCUUUGGAAACAGUGAAGUGGCAGAGAUCUGAGCUUUCAGCAGUUGUGGUGGGACUGAAGAGCAUCUGCCCCACAGGAGUGCACCCACAGGAGUGUGGAGGAAGGCCUUCUGCAGCUUUCCUGGACCAGAUCGAUCAGAACUGUGACUUUACAUUUUUCUAGGUUUAUUCUGCUAGUGGGUAAAUUCCUUUAGUUGAAGACAAAAAUAUUUGAUAUGAGAGAGACUUGAAAGGAUUUGAGGUUCUAGAAACCACUGAGGAUGGAUGAGACCUGAGUGAGGCCCUAGUAGAGAUGACUGUCAUAGCUGGAGGCACAGCUAUUUCCUAGAGAAGUCUAGCUGAUUCUACAGGUUUUUGUUUGUUUCUCCUCAUGCUGUCAGGGGCUUUGGGGCAUACCUUUGUCUUCAGGGCUACCACAGCAGGACAGUCACUCAGAAGGGCUCUCCUGCCUCAACCAUGCUCAUCUCUCCAAAGACUAUGGGGCCCAAGUCAUGCUUUCGUGAUCUGUUAACUUCAUUUGGCUACAAGGCUCUGUGAACUUGUCUUCUGAGAGCCGCUGUGCUUGCCUGUUAGGAACCAAAUACUGCCUGGCUGCUCUGCCUGGUGCAGAUCCAGCAUGACCUGCCCAGGCUCAUAGACUGUGUGUCUAGCUCUGUCACUAGGGGGAGAUUCCUUUGCUGUGUGUUUAUGUGGCUAGAAUCCUGGCCUGACAGCAGAUUCCAUUCCACUCAGCCGUAAGCUCAGGCUAAUCCUGCCUUUUCUACCUUUCUGUGCCGGUUCCCUGAUAGUAAACGGGGACAGGCAUGGUAGGUGGAAGCAAAAUGUUGACCAUCUCCGUCAUGCCUUUCACCCUUCUCUACUAGUCACUGCCGGCCUGACCCUUUCCCUCUCUCUCUCCCCUUCUUUUUUUUUUUUUUUUUUUUUUUUUGGUUUGGUUUUUUGUUUGGUUUUUAUGCAGCUAUAGUUUGUCCUGUGGAUCUUGAAGUGAUUGGUGGGUGAAUCAACCUUCUACAGACCUGAGGCUGGUUGUCCCUCUUGGGUUCUCUGUAAUUGUGUAUUUUUGUUGGUGGCAUGAUAGGGCUUUUUUUUUAAUGUAUCUUUCUAUAUUUAUCAAUUUUUCUAAGGAGUACAUAAAACAUACAUGUACGUAUAUGUAGUUUUUAUAAAAAUAAUGCAUUUUAAAAGAUUCAUUUUUGUAGGUAUAAGAAAUGUGUUUCUUAUAUUUUAUUGGUUUUUAAUUUAUAGAGGACAUUACUGAACAUCGUGUACAGUAAUUAUGUAGUAACUGCAUUUUUAUGUGUUGGAGAUCCAACGUUGUUUGUCCUUUUUGUGGUAUGACUUCUCAAUGAAUGCAAGGGAGUCAUAGAAUGCAGACGUACAGAUAGUUUCUGUUCUCAGUGAUCCAUGGGAAUGUGUUUUGUACUUGUUUAUAUGUUUUAUUCUUGGUCAAGACCAAACCUAUUAUUGAAGGAUUAUUAGUAAAUAUCUAAAAUCCCAUAUAAAUUUAUGAGUUUUAUUUAUGUCUAAAACACUGAAAAUUCUGUUAAACGUUGUUCAAUUCCCUGGGUCUUUUUCUUAUUAGCACAUUUGAAAAGAUUCUUUCCUUUUAUGUUGUAAAUGUAUGAAGGCUAACAAGCAAUAAACAUUUUUAAUUAAAAAAACAAA